AUGGUUCAUCAGAGCGGGCGCGACAAAUCCAAGAGUUUAAGCGGCGGGUCCGUUGGCAGAAACAGUGGUAAUGCCGGUGGCGCCAUUAUGGAUCCUGGCCGCGAUAUGAUGCCAUCGGAGUCGUCUCCAAGUAACAGCACGACCACUGCGAACAGCGUUGGAACCGGUGCUGGUACCAACACUGCAUCCGUAAAUACCACCUCCAUGCCUUAUUCCGGAGCCGGCGUUGAGCGAAUUUCGCACGAACAGCCCGUCAUCAAACGCCAGCGGAUAGAGGAGCACGAUAGGGGACCGUUAAAGGCAGCACCGCAACAUGAACCGGCCAACAAAGGACUCCCGACAACGGUCACUACCGUCACAGCUUCCGGUAGCACGAGUGGGGCUUCGUCUGCCUGCUCUUCAUCGACGUCACUGUCAUCCUCACCUUCCUGCUCGUCGUCGAAACUGAUCCACUCCUCCCUGGACCACUCGUCGUCCGACGACGAGCCGCAGCAUCUGCACCAACCACUGUUGACGCCAAAUCCCGGCGGUUGGCUACCCCAUCAUCAUCAUCAUCAUCAACACCAGCACCACUAUCAUCAGCACCAGCCGCGGUUCGAACACCAGCAACCACGGGCACGGCCAUUUCAGGAUGCGAUCGCAAGACAGUGUCUUUGUACGGUCGAAAUGGGUGCGUUGCUGAUGUCUUUUCAGCCUCCGCUACUGUUCACCGGAGGGCGGGAGGAAACCAUUGCUGGCGCCAUCCCACAGUAUCAACCGUUGGCCGAGUGGCCGGUGGAGCAUUUGCUGAAGUUCCUCUCCAACGUUCAGCUCCUGUUCGACACGUACCUGAAGCAAAACAUUAAGGGCACCAUCUGCACGGGAGUGGUUCACCUGUUCGACUAUCUGAUCCACGGCGACCGGCAUCAGCAGCUGGUGGCGCUCGACGUGGACGAGCUGAUUGGAUUGUGCGGCCACCGGAACCGGUACAUCAGCUAUCUGGCGGGCCGUAUUCUCACCUCAUUCCUGAUCAUCGUCAAGGACUAUCGCUGGAUGGAGAAGAUCGUCAAGAACUUGUUCGACUAUGGGCGGGCGAAUUUGCUCGCGUCCGACUUCCGGACGGUGCAAAAGAUCGACUUUGGUCUCGAGGUGAUCAAGCGCAUCGUGGAGUGGAAGGACGAAAUGGAACACCCACUGGAGGAGGAGACUGCCGGUGGAGGCCCGUCGCUGGCGGACAAUUAUUUCGCGACGCAUUACGCUUCGAUCCAGCCAGUGGCGGCCAGCAGUAACAUUUUUCGCCCAGCGACAUCCGCAUCAUCUGCGGCCAAUGGCCAGUGGCCGCUCCACUCGCUCGCCAGUCCGUCCUCACCCUCGUCCGACGCCACCGGCACCGUUGCCUGUCGCCACAUCACGCUCACCGACUCGGAAAGCUUCGACACGAAGCGUAUCAAGUUCGAAACAAUCAACAUCCUGAGCGUGGAGUGGCCUCGGCUGGUGAAGAGCAUCAACUCGUUGUUCCAGUCCCUAACCAACAGUGGCCACGACGCAUCCCUGCGGGUGGCUAACGAAACCUGCAUCCUCACCUUUCUGCGGCUGUGGGAAAGCAUCAUCAGCGUGAAGGCGAACCUGUCCGUCCUCGACACGCAACGAUUUCACGAGCAGCUGCACGAAGUGUUUCAACUACAGCUGCUGGGCACGAAGAACUGCGUCAUCUAUCGACAGAUGCUGACUCUGUUCAGCGAAGCCCUGUGCUACGGAAGCACGCUCGCCCUGCAGGACUUUAUCCCGGAAACGGUGGGCAAGCUGGCGGAAAACGUCGUGAAAUCGGUGAAGGACGGUAUACUGAACAACAUUCCGAAGGCAACGUACAGCAACCACAUUGGGUUCCUCGGAUACAAGGGCCCGGUGGUACGGUAUCACGAUAGGAGAUUGCAGCGUGCGGACGACGGUGGUGACACCCUGGUGGUAUUACCUACCGGAGCCGCUGGCGGUGUAAGUGUUCCGACGCCAUCGGCAGCGCACGGCGAAAUGUGCUACGAUCGGACGCUGCUGCAGAAGAUGGCCCUGCUGGUGCUGAAGGCGGUCGCGGUGAUUGGGAAGGAGAUUCGGUGCGACUCGAGUGACUCGAGCGUCGACAGUAGCGACUACGACAUGCAGGAGAUCCAGAUGAUUGAGCUCAGCAUCUGGAACGUGGUGGGCAAGCUGGAAACGUUUCUGAAGGCGCAGCUCGAGUUCCACCCGGACACGCACUUCAGCAAGGUGAUGAUCCACCUGUUCGACGACCAGGACGACUAUCUCGUCGAAGCGAUGGUGUGCACGCUCGACGUCACGUCGGGCAUCUCGUUCCGGCACUACGUUCGCACCGAGCUCCACGUCCCCGAUGCCAUCAAGGAUCUGAUCGCGAUGCUCAACCCGGUGUACACGUUCAUCGAGUUCUCCAACCUGGGGCCGAACAUCACGCAACUCUUUCUCGAUCUGCUCAUUAGCACGGAAACGUGCUUCCUGCUGUUUCUGUUACGCUUUCUCAAGUACAUCCGCCAGAAUUGGCCGAUGUUCACGGAGAGCUGCUACAAUUACUACCGCCACAAUAGCUACAGCAACGCGUCGACGUUGCUACAGAACCGAUUGUACCUCGCACCGGGGCCGGCCGGUAGUGACGCUGGUGCCAGUACCGGUGGGCUUGGAAACGGUGGGGUGCUUGCGGGAAUGGGUGUCGGAUCGGCGGCCGCGAACUCGAACGUCAUACUGGACAGUGUGAUGACGGUGCUGGUGAGGUUGCGGAUGCAAAUCAGUCGGCUGGUGGCCGACGGGCUCUUUCCGUACGACAUUUGUCCCAUACUGAGAUUGAUAGAGAACUGCGAGGAGCUGUACGAGGGCAGCGAGUUAAGUUGAGUCAACCCGUUUCAGAUUAGGUAGCUGGCGAGUGUUUGUGUAUUUUUCUAAUUUAUACAUCAUCAUACGUGUGCGGUGCUGAACUCUCGUAAUGAGCACUUUCCGCAUUUUGCGAUCAUCGCCCGUUGUGCGAUCGUACAGGGGGAAGUAUUGUUUUUUUCCUUCAAGUUUGGCAAGAAGCUUUGCAUAGUUUUAGAUGCGCUACUUCGUCUUCGGAGAGCCAAUUGCGUUCAGAUGUGCCCUUUGAGGGGCCUCCCAUUUUAAUUAGUUCAAUUGUGUGCAUGGCAGACUGGUAGCUGCUGUCAUCUUCGGCCGGAGCCGGAGCAGGACUUGUUCACAUCCCACGUGGCGCUGUUAAUCCUUACGAGAUAGUGUAUAUAAAAUCAAUCCCUGCACGUGGAAACCAGCGAUCGGUCGACGUGCAUAAGGGUAAGCCAGCUGCCCGUAGCACUGACACCAGACUGUCUGUCCAUUGGCUGCAUUCCAGUGUAUUGUUUGUAGAUGUUGGCUUUUCCCAGCGCUCUUUUACUCGCUCUACAGAAGUUGUUA